CGAGCGGCCUUUCGCAAAUGUGCUGAGUGCGGGUCUAAGAUGUCUGCUGCGGACCUGCACAAUCUGUGCCUCCUUUGUCUAGGCGAAGGGCGCAGAACAGGUGAUCGACUUCAUUGGAGUCCGUCUCGAUUCUACCCUAGUGAGGGCAUUUCUUCCUCCAGAUUGUCAAGACAGUCUCUGCUCAUGGAUUCAUUGGAUUCAACAAGACAGGACUGUACCGGUCCUUUCCAUUCAAAAACUUCUGUGCCAUAUGGCCGCGUCGGUUGCCAUCGUUCCAUAAGCCAGGCUUUGACUUCAACCUCUUCAACUACACUUCAACAAAAUGUUUCAUCCACAGCGGGAUUCGCCCACCAAACUAAUCCGGCUCCCACUGCCCGUUCUACAUUCCUUGACAUGGUGGACAAUUCCAGUCAGUCUGCUUGUGGGUGUCCCAUUUUGACCGCCCCAACCAACCGUGACUCUUUAUACUGAUGCAUUGUUGAUCGGUUGGGGUGCAGUAUGUGCAGGACUUCGCACUCAAGGCACUGGGGACCGACAGGAAUCAGCCAGACACAUCAACUUCCUCAAACUGCUAGCGAUCUUCAAGGCUCUUGGAUCCUUCGAGGAUAUUCUUCAGCGACAAGCAGUUCAGAUCGCUUCCGACAACAUAGCCGCUGUGUUCUAUGUGAAAAAACAGGGCGGAACCAAAUCGGCUGCCCUGGCUUGGCUGUCGAUAUGGAUUUGGGAUUGGUGUAUACCAAGGGAUAUAACUCUUCUGGCGGUUCACCUAGCCGGUACUGACAACGAAGAAGCCGACCUGUUGAGCAGACAAAUGUCAACAACCCACGAAUGGGAGUUGGAUCGACAGAUCUGCAAUCAACUUUUCUGUCAUUGGGGACAUCCGGACAUGGACUUGUUUGCUACCCAUGUGAACGGGGUAUGCGAGAUGUUCUGCUCCAGGGCAGGCAUCGGACUGGGAUCAGCAGGGGAUGCCCUUAUGAUCCUGUGGAACGAUAUCAAUUUUUACGCUUUCUCUCCAAUCCUAUUCUUAACGAAAGUAGUCUCAAAGAUUGCUCACGACGAGGCCACGGGAAUCUUGAUAACUCCAUGGUGGCCCUGUCAGCCGUGGUUUUCCACUCUUCUGCGGAUGUCAGACAACACCUUUCUUCGUCUUCCAUUGAUUCCACAUCUAAUAACGCAACAAAGAAUGGUUUGUCAUCUGGAUCUUGCUUCUCUGAACCUCACAGCUUGGCGAAUCCGCUGAGCAUCGAUACUGACUUGAUACCGACAACAUCUCAACUAUCUGAAACUCACACUUAUGGAACCGAGGCACUGCUUACUUCCUCGGAUCCGAUAGACUUUGCCUCGGGAUCGAGAACUCUCCAUCCAGAUACUCAGAGAAUUCUUGAAUCUGCUCUACGACCAUCAAUGCAGAAAUCUUAUGCAGCAAAGUGGUGCCGAUUCUCAUCUUUCACUGACUCCCAUUCGUUUGCUCUGGAAUCAGCCUCGAUCGAGAAUAUACUGCAGGGUCUCCUACAGCUUCAUCAUUCGGGACUUAAGCCAUCAUCUAUAAAAGUUUACACAGCUGUGAUUUCUUAUUACCGUGGUGCAGUGCAAGGUUCAUCGGUUUUUUCACAACCACUUAUUAGAAGAUUCAUCAAAGGGCUGCAGAAUCUUCAUCCUUCAAUUUGACCUGUCAUGCCUACUUGGAGUUUUUCAGUGGUACUUCAAGCGCUUACCAGAGCUCCAUUUGAACCUCUGGCAACUAUAGACUUACGUCUUGCAUCCUGGAAGACGGCUUUUCUCGUAGCUGUCACGUUGGCUCAAAGAGCUAGUGAACUUUGUGCUCUCCGGGUGGAUCUGCCUUACUUGAAUUUCCAUAAAGAGAAGGUGGUUCUUCGAAUGGAUUCAACGUUUCUACCUAGUCACUCCGUUCCAUAUGAAUCAGGAAAUCAUCUUACCUGCUUUCUUUCCAUCACCAUCAAACCCGAUUGAAAGAUCUUUACAUACCCUCAAUGUGCGCCGUUGCUUGGCUUUCUACAGAUCGCGUACAGAGUCCUUCCGGCAUUUGAACUGACUCUUCGUGAAAUAUUCUGAACAGGACAAGGGCUCUCCUGUCACAUCACAAAGACUUUCUGAAUGGAUUGUUCAAACUAUUGUAUUGGCGUAUCAACUUGCCAAGAUAGACUUACCUGUUGUUCCGAGGGGUCACUCCAUAAGAGCAGUAGCAGCUUCUUCUGCCUUUGCCACCGGAAUUCCGAUUCAAGACGUCUGUAAAGCUGCAACUUGGGCUGCUCCGUGCA